UGGCCUAUCAGAACAUGCAGGUUGCAGGAUGAGGUAGAAGUUUUACAUCUCUGGUGGCCUUGGAACAGUUCUCUGGGGAUUACUUACCUUGACCAUGCUGGUUCAGCACUUUUCCCAGAGAGUCUACUUGAAGCUUUUACUGAUGACCUCAGAAACAAUGUUUAUGGCAACCCUCAUAGUCAGAAUAUCAGCAGCAAGCUGACAUAUGACACAAUAGAGCAUGUCCGAUACAGAAUAUUGCAGCACUUUCACACUACUGCUGAGGAUUACACGGUCAUUUUCACAUCUGGAUGCACAGCUGCACUUAAACUGAUUGCAGAAUCAUUCCCUUGGAUACCUGAAGGCACAAGGCAACCYAGCAGUCGAUUUUGUUACCUAACUGACAGCCACACAUCUGUGGUGGGAAUGAGGGGCAUAACUGCCUCAAUGAAUGUCUUGUCYGUUCCAGUAAAACCAAAGGAAAUCUUGCUAGCAAAAAGCAGGUUACUAGCUGAAGAACAAAACUGCACAACACCUCAUCUUUUCUCUUAUCCAGCUCAGAGCAAUUUUUCUGGUACCAAAUAUCCCCUUUCAUGGAUACAGGAUGUAAAAUCUGGAAAACUCUGCCCCAUCAGAAUACCAGGGAAGUGGUUUGUUCUACUAGAUGCAGCUUCGUACGUGAGCAGUUCUCCAUUAGACYUGGGAGUUCACCAAGCUGACUUUGUCCCCAUCUCAUUCUACAAAAUCUUUGGAUUCCCAACUGGUUUAGGGGCAUUAUUGGUAAACAAUCGGAUUGCUCCGCUCUUGAGGAAAACCUAUUUUGGAGGUGGAACUGCAGCUGCCUACCUCGCAGGAGAGGAUUUUUAUUUCCCAAGGAAAUCRGUAGCAGAAAGGUUUGAAGAUGGUACAGUCUCUUUUCUUGAUAUCAUUGCUCUGAAACAUGGAUUUGAUGUUCUGGAAAAACUCACAGGUGGAAUGGAGAAAAUAAAACAGCAUACCUUCACAUUAGCUCACUACACCUAUACUGUGCUGUCUAACUUAAAAUAUGCCAAUGGGGCUCCUGUGGUACGUAUUUACAGUGAUACAGAUUUCAGCAAUCCUGAUGUCCAAGGUCCAAUCAUUAAUUUUAACGUGCUUGAUGAAAAUGGAGAAGUGCUCGGCUUUUCACAGGUGGACAACAUGGCCAGUCUCCACAACAUACAUGUUCGCACAGGCUGCUUCUGCAACACCGGAGCCUGCCAGAUGCAUUUGGAUAUAAGCAAUGAGGACAUCCAAAGGAACCUGCAGGCUGGCCAUGUCUGUGGAGAUAAUAUAGACCUAGUGGAUGGACGUCCCACUGGUUCCGUGAGAAUAUCCUUUGGCUACAUGUCUACAUUUGAAGAUGCACAGAAUUUUUUGAAUUUCAUCAUAGCCACCAGACUCUCCAAACUGGACACUGAGAUUCCUUUCCAGUCUGUUACAAAGCUGACGACAGAAUCUGUUCCAGAUGACCACCUUUCUUUUAACAGUGCAGAUGAAUUGUCUCCARUACUGCAAAUCUCGGACAGAGAACCCCAGAAUAAUCCAUCUGACACAGGGACAACUGGGAGCUGGCAGCCACCAGAGCGUGAGGCAGAAAGCAUAAGGGCAGCUGUUUCCGAAACUGCAGUGCCAACAUGCAGAAAAGGUGGCAAGCCCAUCACUGUCGCCAAAAUUUACCUCUACCCAAUCAAAUCCUGCUCUGCAUUUGAGGUUACAGAAUGGCCAGUGGGGAAUCAGGGUUUGCUGUAUGACCGAAACUGGAUGGUGGUAAACCAGAAUGGAGUCUGCCUGACUCAGAAGCAGGAGCCAAGGUUGUGUCUUGUGAAUCCCUCAAUUGAUCUCAAGCAAAAAAUWAUGGUCAUUCAGGCAGAAGGCAUGGACCCAAUAUCUGUGUCACUAGAAGACACUACUGGAAAAGAGGCUGUGAUCUGUGAGAGUAAAGUCUGUUCACACAGGGUAAAAACAUAUGACUGUGGAGAAAGAAUUGCUGGCUGGCUCUCUACRUUUCUUGGUCGUCCAUGUCGCUUGAUAAGACAAAGUUCAGACAUAAAAAACAAGUCACAUCAGAAAAAUACAAAAGGUCUGUCAUCWGCUGCAAACAUCUCACUCUCUCUUGUGAAUGAAGCACAAUACCUCCUGAUAAAUGUAGCAAGCAUUCUGCAGCUGAAAGRACACAUUUCUGCAAGAUUGAAGGAGCCAUUGGAAAUAGAGGAAUUAAUCCGACGUUUCCGUGCCAACAUUGUCAUCAGUGCACCAGAGUCCUUUGAAGAAGAAGAGUGGGCUGAGAUUUCWAUAGGUGCUCUGCAAUUCCAGGUUGUGGGUCCUUGUAGCAGAUGUCAAAUAAUCUGCAUUGAUCAACAGUCUGGGGAACGAAACAAAGAAAUUCUGCAGUCCCUGUCUGCUGCCAGAGGUAGAAAGACAAACUUUGGCAUCUACCUGAUGAACCAACCCUUGCGCUCUUCCUUUUCAAAUAUUUUAUCAGUUGGAUCUCAAGUACUUCCAGUGCUGAAGGAGAAUACAGAAAUCCAGCCUCCAACAUCCAGUGAAGAAAAAUGUUCAGGAUAGAUUCUCUGGUGGUGAUGAAAUUUUUAUGCAACUACAGGAAAAAGUCAGUAGUCAGUUACUUAAAAAAAGGAAAAAACUUCCACYCAUUUACUUCUGGUAAUUGUCUGUUUGCUGUAAAUGUUAUCAGAUGGCAAAACUGUUGAUAAUUACAGYUCACCUACAUGUUUUUGCUUGUGAUUAGGAUGCAGUAGCCAUAAUUCUAUUUUGCACAAUUGCUUCAGGAUGCAACAGGUUUGAUCAGGUUUUGCUGGUGGAUGACUCCCAAAACAAGCCCAGCUUCGUUGUCAGAAAGCCACAUCUCAAUGAAGGAAAGUAAACAUAAUAACACACUACUUCCUUCUGCUGCUUUGUUAAAACCCCAAUUAGGAGAGAGGAUGCAAGACAUGUUUUAGAAACAAUGUGGGUGGGAAGAGAACAGUGGGAGAGUGGCAUGAGAGUAGCAGUGCAUUCAGCUUUUCCAAAAGGAAACUGAAGCAGACAGUCUGAAAGCAAUGGAAAAUAGGGAAUAGUCUGUGUCUCCCCCUUUGCAAGUGGCGUGUGAGGAUGACAAAAAGGUAUAGAGAUAAUGAAAAUUCAGGAUGCCACUUGCAAAACAUGUUCCUUGUGAAGGAAUUCCAUCCAUUUGUUCUCAACUUCUUUAUCUUCCAUUUGUUACUUUUCCAUCUGAUUUAUUUCAUGCAAUGUCUUCCCAGGGAUUUUUUGUGAGAUGGUGUCCCUGCCUGUGGAACAUUAGUUGGAGCUAAAUGAUCUUUAAGGUSCCWUCCAACCCAAGGCAUUCCAUGAUUCUAUGAGUCCCACACUCUUGUUUAUAUAUGUGUGAGUGCUGACACAUUAUUUUUAAUUAGAGAUUUUUCAAGUAAAACAGUCAUUUUUUAUACAAAUUUUCUUAUCCUCAGCAAUUUCUAAUGGUCAUUCAAGGGAGCUCUCGAAAGUUUAGAUGCUUCCCCAUCAUGAACAGGUCAAGGUAUUCUCUCUUUAUUCAUUUCAUAAUGCCAUUCCUAAAAGGCUUUAGAAAGCUCCUAAACAAGACUCAUGCUUUCUGAUUUCUGAGUGCAAAUGUUUGAAACCUAAGGCUUAGUCUGAAAUGUCAAUUAUUGUGAAAAUUCAAAAAAAAAAGAUAAAUAAAGGAAGCCAUGGAGAAAGAAAGGAAAAUAAAAAACCAAACAAACAUGGAAAGUCUAAGUWAAUCAAGACUGAAUACAUKGAGGUCAGGUAUUUUAUGAYCCUCAGCAUGUGUCCAGUUAGCUAUAAGAUGACUUCAUGCUUCCAGGAWGUCCUUCUGGAAGAAGAAAUUCUCCUGAUUUGGCUGCUCUAUUGCCAUCUGACCCCGCUGAAAGCACCGUCAAAACUCUCAUCCAAUCUGAUUUAGAUCUUCCUUGGGGCAAUUUUGGCUCCAGCUGUGUGAAAGUGCUUCUGGCUGGAGCAAUCCUUGAGUUGUUUGAGCAUACCCCCGCAGGGAGGCAGGCGGCUCUGUGAAAGACUUGGUCAAACAGUCAUUCUGAAAGGGGAGUGACUACCACAGAGCAGCACAGAAUGGGAAAAAGGAAGCUCAUCACCCAGUGCACAAAUCAGGAUUAAAAAAUACUCUUUCUUCUGUCUCUUUUUUUCUUUUUUCUUU